GAAGUUUCAAAGUUUACUUUUUAUAUGGUCUGAUUUAGAUCAAAUUUCAACAUUUUCUCAAAAAAGAUUGUUUUUUGACGGCAAAAAUGAAAUUUUCCAGUACUAGGGGGAUUGUAAAAGAUGUUUCACUAGAGCAGACUGUAUUUUCAGGAUAUGCUUUAGAUGGAGGCAUAUUCCUACCUAAUUUUAUACCAAAGCUUACAAAAGAAAAUUUAGAAUUGUUAAGAAAUUUAUCUUAUGUAGAAUUGGCUGAAGAAAUUUUGAGUUAUUAUGUCGAAAAUGAUCAAAUACCAAAAGAAGUAUUGAAAGGAAUUCUAAGAAAAAGUUGGGGAAAUUUUGCUAAAGAUAAUAUUGUUGAGAUGGCAAGUUUUGACAACAUACAUAUAAUGGAGCUAUUUCAUGGACCAACAUUAGCUUUUAAGGAUUUAGCGAUGAGAAUUUUGGGACAAAUGAUGCAAUAUUUUUUAGCGCGUAAUGAGAAAACUGUGACAGUUCUUGUUGGAACAUCUGGAGAUACAGGAAGCUCUGCAAUAGAGGCAGUCAAAGGUUUAUCUAAUAUCAAUAUAAUUGUUCUAUUACCGAAAGGCAAAUGUUCUCCUCUGCAAGCACUACAAAUGACUUCAGUUAAUGAAAAGAACGUUUUGGUGUUUGAAGUGGAGGGGACUUCUGAUGACCUUGAUAGACCAAUCAAAGAAUGCUUUGGAGAUGUUAAAUUUGUUGAAGAAAAUAGCUUAUGCAGUAUGAAUUCUAUAAAUUGGAUCCGAAUUAUGGUUCAAGUUGUCCACUAUUUUUAUGCGUAUUUUAAGGUUGCGAAGAACGUUGAUGAAACUGUUGAGAUUGCUGUCCCAAAUGGCGCGAUGGGUAAUAUUACUGGCGGAUUUAUAGCUCAGCAAAUGGGUUUACCAAUUAAUUUAGUAGCCUGUACGAAUGAAAAUGACAUUACAGCCAAAUGUAUAAAAACGGGAGACUUGGUCGUAAUGGACGAAAUUAUUAUGACGCCAGCCCCAUCUAUGGAUAUAUCCUUUCCUUACAAUAUUGAGCGAAUUAUAUAUUUGCUCUCCAAUAGGGAUACUAAACUUGUAACAAAAUUAAUGACUGAGUUUGAAUCCAAAGGAAAAACAACAAUUCCUAGUUGUAUUUUGGAAAGGAUGCAAAAAGUAUUUCUAACCUCGACAGCUAGUAAUUCGAAUAUAUUGAGCUGCAUACAGGAGGUACAUGAUAGAUAUAAUUACCUAAUUUGUCCUCAUACUGCCACGGCUGUUUGCAAGCAUCCGCAAGUUGCUAUAGCGACUGCUUCACCAGCAAAAUUUCCAGAAGUUAUUGAAAGUAUUGGUUUGAGAGCUCCGAUAAUGGAGACAACGGCAAAGUUAAGAUCAGCAAAAAAUUAUGCUCGUUCAAUGAAACUUGGAGAGAAUUGGUUGGAAAUAUUGAAGCAGGCUGUUCUUGAGUUAAAUUCUAAAAAGAGUAUAUAG